AUGCAAAAGGGACCAUCAGGAAUCCCCAGAAAGCGAAUCCAGCUUUCAUAUGUCAUCAGGGAUGAGGUAGAAUCUCGUCAUCGUUCUGGUGUGAAUGCACUUCAGUAUGACCCAUCUCUGUCCAGACUGUUUAGUGCCAGUCGCGAUUCAGUCAUCCGCAUCUGGAACGUACAUUCCAAGCAAGAUCCGUACGUCGCAUCGAUGGAGCAUCAUACCGACUGGGUAAAUGACAUCUUGCUGUGCUGUGGUGGCCGUCACCUGAUUUCCGCAUCGAGCGACACUACUGUCAAAGUAUGGAAUGCUCACAAGGGAUUUUGCAUGUCAACGUUGCGGACGCAUAAGGAUUACGUCAAAGCUUUGGCGUAUGCCAAAGAAAAAGAACAUGUCGCAUCUGCUGGCUUCGAUCACGCGAUUUUUCUGUGGGACGUGAACACUUUGACCGCAUUGACCGCCUUAAACAACACUGUCACAACCUCGGCUUUGAACGGCUGCAAGAACAGUGUCUACGCAUUGGCCAUGAACCCAAGUGGUAGCGUUCUAGUUUCCGGUUCUACGGAAAAAAUCAUUCGUGUGUGGGAUCCAAGGACCUGUCAGAAAAUCAUGAAAUUGCGAGGCCAUACGGACACAGUCAAAAGCGUCGUUUUGAGUAGGGACGGCACUCUCUGUCUUUCCGGCGGCUCUGAUGGUAGCAUACGCUUGUGGCACUUAGGCAUGCAAAGGUGUAUCACUACAAUAUGGUGUCAUGGCGAAGGAAUAUGGUCAUUGCAGGUAACUUGUUUCACUUCUUAA